AUGAAAUACCAAAUCACUAGCCUCAACAAAUUGAUGGAAGUAUUCAGGAAGAACAUCCUUUACAACUACGACAUCAAAUGUGCGUUUGAGAAGAUCCUACUUCACAGCUUGCUAGUGAAUCACAUCAACCUUCAGGGUGUGGUUCCUGCCUUUCAUGGUCAUGCUCACAAUCACCUUUGCCAGGUCCAGCAUCAUUCCAAGUACAAGGUUGGUGCUGGUAAAGAAGAUUUUGAGACUUGCAAACAUGUCUUUUCAGAGUCUAAUGCUCUGGCCUCUGAAACUUGGAACACUACUGAGUUUCAUCACCACCAAGCUCUUGAUGAGCACUUUGCUUCGCCGACAUGGUGUUAA